UAUAAUGCAGAAAUCAAUGAGUAUUGUGAAAGAUUACAGGCACGCUAUGAUGAACUUCUUGCUGAAGGAAUAGAUAAAGUUAUGGAAUUCGAUAAAAGUUUUGCCAGAGAACAUAUAUUAGAGACUUUGCAAGAGUUAUUACCCCGGAAUGAGAUGGUUUCGAAAAACCAAGAAGUUACCCUACCUAAUCAAUCUGUUUAUAGUUUACCAGCAAAUUCUGAAAACUUUAUUUCGAAGGAAGGGGUUGCGAAGCAAUUGGGUGGCGAAGAAGUGGUGCUAUCACCUCAAGUAAUGCCUCUAGCAUCAUUAUAUGGUUUGUGGUCAGGAAAUACUGGAAUUCAUCGAAAAAAAGCAUAUCCAAGGCUGGGCUAUAUGAUCGGAGGCUGGAAGAGGUCAUCUCGUAACUAG